UUUUAACUCAAAUGGGUGAUGAAAAGGACUCUUGGAAAGUGAAAACUUUAGAUGAAAUUCUUCAGGAAAAGAAACGAAGGAAGGAACAAGAGGAGAAAGCAGAGAUAAAACGCUUAAAAAAUAACAACGCUUCUUCGGUGAAGUUCUUUUGUACUUCCAAAUGUCGCAGUCUGAUGACCGGGAUUCCAAGCGGGAUUCCCUUGAGGAGGGGGAGCUGAGAGAUCACCGCAUGGAGAUCACAAUAAGGAACUCCCCGUAUAGAAGAGAAGACUCUAUGGAAGACAGAGGAGAAGAAGAUGAUUCUUUGGCCAUCAAACCACCCCAGCAAAUGUCUCGGAAAGAAAAAGCUCAUCACAGAAAAGAUGAAAAGAGAAAAGAGAAACGUAGGCAUCGUAGCCAUUCAGCAGAAGGGGGGAAGCAUGCUAGAGUGAAAGAAAAAGAAAGAGAGCACGAACGUCGGAAACGACAUCGAGAAGAACAGGAUAAAGCUCGCCGGGAAUGGGAAAGACAGAAGAGAAGGGAGAUGGCAAGGGAGCAUUCCCGGAGAGAAAGGGGGAAUGAUGGCGUGUGCCUCUUCAGGGACCGCUUGGAGCAGUUAGAAAGGAAGCGGGAGCGGGAGCGCAAGAUGCGGGAGCAGCAGAAGGAGCAGCGGGAGCAGAAGGAGCGCGAGCGGCGGGCGGAGGAGCGGCGCAAGGAGCGGGAGGCCCGCAGGGAAGUGUCUGCACAUCACCGAACGAUGAGAGAGGACUACAGCGACAAAGUGAAAGCCAGCCACUGGAGUCGCAGCCCGCCUCGGCCGCCGCGGGAGCGGUUCGAGUUGGGAGACAGCCGGAAGCCAGGUGAGGCCAGGCCGGCGCCUGCGCAGAAGCCAGCACAGUUAAAAGAAGAGAAAAUGGAAGAAAGGGACCUGCUGUCCGACUUACAGGACAUCAGCGACAGCGAGAGGAAGACCAGCUCGGCCGAGUCCUCGUCAGCGGAAUCAGGCUCAGGUUCUGAGGAGGAAGAGGAGGAGGAGGAAGAGGAGGAGGAGGAAGGGAGCACCAGUGAAGAAUCAGAGGAGGAGGAGGAGGAAGAGGAGGAGGAGGAGGAGGAGACCGGCAGCAACUCUGAGGAGGCGUCAGAGCAGUCUGCCGAAGAAGUAAGUGAGGAAGAAAUGAGUGAAGAUGAAGAACGAGAAAAUGAAAACCACCUCUUGGUUGUUCCAGAGUCACGGUUCGACCGAGAUUCCGGGGAGAGUGAAGAAGCAGAGGAAGAAGUGGGUGAGGGAACGCCGCAGAGCAGCGCCCUGACAGAGGGCGACUAUGUGCCGGACUCCCCUGCCCUGUCGCCCAUCGAGCUCAAGCAGGAGCUGCCCAAGUACCUGCCGGCCCUGCAGGGCUGCCGGAGCGUCGAGGAGUUCCAGUGCCUGAACAGGAUCGAGGAGGGCACCUAUGGAGUGGUCUACAGAGCAAAAGACAAGAAAACAGAUGAAAUUGUGGCUCUAAAGCGGCUGAAGAUGGAGAAGGAGAAGGAGGGCUUCCCGAUCACGUCCCUGAGGGAGAUCAACACCAUCCUCAAGGCCCAGCAUCCCAACAUCGUCACCGUUAGAGAGAUUGUGGUGGGCAGCAACAUGGACAAGAUCUACAUCGUGAUGAACUAUGUGGAGCACGACCUCAAGAGCCUGAUGGAGACCAUGAAACAGCCCUUCCUGCCAGGGGAGGUGAAGACCCUGAUGAUCCAGCUGCUGCGUGGGGUGAAGCACCUGCACGACAACUGGAUCCUGCACCGUGACCUCAAGACGUCCAACCUGCUGCUGAGCCACGCCGGCAUCCUCAAGGUGGGUGACUUCGGGCUGGCGCGGGAGUACGGAUCCCCUCUGAAGGCCUACACCCCGGUCGUGGUGACCCUGUGGUACCGCGCCCCAGAGCUGCUGCUUGGUGCCAAGGAAUACUCCACAGCCGUGGACAUGUGGUCAGUGGGCUGCAUCUUCGGGGAGCUGCUGACUCAGAAGCCUCUGUUCCCCGGGAAGUCAGAAAUCGAUCAGAUCAACAAGGUGUUCAAGGAUCUGGGGACCCCUAGUGAGAAAAUCUGGCCCGGCUACAGCGAGCUCCCAGCAGUCAAGAAGAUGACCUUCAGCGAGCACCCCUACAACAACCUCCGCAAGCGCUUCGGGGCUCUGCUCUCAGACCAGGGCUUCGACCUCAUGAACAAGUUCCUGACCUACUUCCCCGGGAGGAGGAUCAGUGCUGAGGACGGCCUGAAGCAUGAGUAUUUCCGCGAGACCCCCCUCCCCAUCGACCCCUCCAUGUUCCCCACAUGGCCCGCCAAGAGUGAGCAGCAGCGUGUGAAGCGGGGCACCAGCCCGAGGCCCCCUGAGGGAGGCCUGGGCUACAGCCAGCUGGGUGACGACGACCUGAAGGAGACGGGCUUCCACCUUACCACCACGAACCAGGGGGCCUCUGCCGCGGGCCCCGGCUUCAGCCUCAAGUUCUGAAGGUCAGAGUGGACCCCGUCAUGGGGAGAACUCAGCCGGGACCACAGGCGCGGCUACUGCGGCUGGAGCUGCGAUGAGACUCGGAACUCCUCGCCUUAUUUUGUGCUCCAUGUUUUGUUUUUGUAUUUUGGUUUGUAAAUUUGUAGAAUUAAAUCAUUUUCCUUGUUGUGGAGGAAA